ACAUUCAAGAUGUCGGCUUCCGGUUUGCCCCGCAGCGUCGCGCGUGGCCAUCGGGGCCACGCCCACAUCCGGUCCCUUUGCCACGGCAUGGCUGCGUUGGGGUCUUGGCUGUCCUGUGUCCGGAGGUUGCACUGCAGCGCAGCGGCUCGGGCCGGCGGCCAGUGGCGACUUCAACAGGGACUGGCUGCCAACCCUUCCGGCUAUGGGCCCCUCACGGAGCUUCCUGACUGGUCUUUCGCCGAUGGCCGUCCUGCUCCCCCAAUGAAAGGCCAACUUCGAAGAAAAGCUCAAAGGGAGAAGCUUGCAGUGAGUAAGACGAGUUGUACUGCUGACACAGGAAAUGGAUGCUGGAUUACAGGCAUGGAAGCUCAGGCAGCAGCAGUUGGAGGAAGAAAGGAAGCAGGAACAUGGUCUCAAACCCAAGGGGAUUUCACUGAGAAGUCCACUUCCACAUCAAUAAAAAACAGCUCCAUUCACACUUUCCCAGACUCUCUGCCUUUCUUUUCUGUCACCAAAUGCUUUAUCCCAUGCAGAAUGAAGUCAUUUUUCCCGCCAUUUGUAUUGACAGUAAAAGACCUCAGGCACCAAGAGGAACUUUAAAAUCACUGCCUGGGAGGCUUGGCCCAGUGCCCUUAGUCCGUGCUCCAUUUCAUUUCAGCCAGAUCUUGCUCUGGGGCUAUUAUUUUGCCCCUGGUGUAGAGAACAAACCCAGAGCCCUGCAGAAAUUAAGGACACCACCACCCUACCACUUAGCCCUGUUGCUCUGGGACUUUAAUCUCUGCCAUGCUUGCCAUGGGCCAACCCAUCUAAAGAGCAGUGACUGCUCUGUGAAGGAAAAACGGGGGACAGUACCAGUUUUACCGAUGUCCUUGAGUCACAGCUUAGCCCAUAAACAGCUCAUUUGUGUGCAGUUGGCAUUCAAUAAAUGUUUUGAUGAAAAGGGCUUCCCAGGGG